AGAGAGAUGCAGAAUAUCGAUGCAUAAAGCUUUUGUGUUUCUUUCGAGACCCAUUCCUUUCCAGCUUUCAUAUUUCUCUUUCAUCAUUUUAUUUUAUUUUAUUUUUUUGAAUAUCUGAUGCAUAAAUAAACUGAUCCGAAUCGGGAGAUCGAAAACCAGCUGUUCUCUGGUUCUCUCUCUCACUGAGCAGGAAUCUAGGUUCCAGAGAGAUGCAGAAUCCAGAGAAAGAAAAGCCCGCCAGAGACCAGGUGGUUCUCCUCAUGGACCAGCAAACUGCAAAACCCAAACAGUCUCUCCAAACAGCACUUAACGACGAAGCUAUCCCCGGAAAAGAAAAGCCCAUCUGUAAUAAUAACAACCCAACAACAACACGGCCGCUCCGUCGCCUCAACUUCUCCAAACCCAAAUCUCGUUUCGUCGAAAACAACUAUCCAUUUGCGCCCAAAUCCACCCCCGAAACAGAACUGCUCGAACCCCUGAACCUCCACGAGAACUCCCCAUCAACCACUGACGACAGCGACGACGAAGACGAUUUCGGGAAGGACGAGAACGAAGAAGAGGCGCCCGAUGAGUACAAGAAGAAGAAAAAGAAGAAAAUCAGUUGCAGAGCUAUAAUCGAAUGGGGUUCGUUUUUUAUCAUCAUUGCCUGUGUGGUCACCUCCCUCACUUCGAAACGCCUCAAGAAUCAAUCGAUCUGGGGUCUCCAGAUUUGGGAAUGGUGCUUGACGGUCAUGGUCAUCUUCUGCGGCCGUCUCGUCUCCGGAUGGUUAGUGAGUGUUAUCGUUUUUAUCAUCGAGCGCAACUUCAUGCUUAGAGAGAAGGUCCUCUACUUCGUCUACGGCCUCCGUAAGAGUGUCCAGAACUGCGUCUGGUUAGGCCUGGUGCUGUUGUCUUGGAAUCUCAUGUUCAACUUAAACCCAAAAGUCCACACGGACAAAAAGACCCUCAAGAAGGUUUCCCGAGCUCUCCUCGCGGUACUCRUAGGCGCGAUCAUGUGGCUCGUCAAGAUCAUUCUUGUCAAGAUGUUGGCGUCGUCAUUUCAUGUGGCUACCUUCUUCGAUCGCAUGAAAGAGAGCGUCUUCCACCACUACGUACUGGAGGCACUUUCGGGACCGCCACUGGACGAGGUGGAGAGGGAGUCGCCGCAUGCCCGGAAUCUGAAACCGUCCAAGUCGUUGCCGGCGAGGUUAAGGGAUGCGAAGAGGAUGUCCAAGUCGAAGAAGUUAGGAUCGGGGAAGAUUGAUAUGGAGAGGCUGAGGAAGCUAAGCAUGGAGAGCACAACCUCGCCUUGGAGCAUAAAGAGGCUGGUGAACUUCAUUCGGUCGACGGGUCUGUCAACGAUUUCGAGGACCGUCGACGACUUCGCCAACGCCGAGUCGGAGAUCACCAGCGAGUGGGAGGCUCGGAACUGUGCGCAGCGCGUCUUCAAGAACGUCGCUAAACCAGGAGCUAAGUAUAUUGAAGAGGGGGAUCUUAUGAGAUUUCUAACGAGAGAAGAAAUUCAUACCAUAUUCCCUCUUUUUGAAGGAGCCCUCGAGACUGGACAGAUUAGAAAGUCUACCUUCAGAAACUGGGUGGUACGAGCUUACAUUGAGCGGAAGGCUCUGGCACAUUCACUGAACGAUACAAAGACAGCAGUGCAGCAGCUUCACAAGCUAGCAAGUGCAGUCGUAAUUGUGAUCAUAAUUGUGGAGUCCCUAUUGGUGAUGGGACUGGCUACAACGAAAGUCAUAUUUGUAGUCACAUCCCAGCUUCUACUUGUGGGUUUCAUGUUCCAGAAUACCUGCAAGACUAUGUUUGAGUCAAUUAUCUUUGUUUUUGUUAUGCACCCCUUCGACGUGGGCGAUCGUUGUGUAAUUGAUGGUGUUCAGAUGAUUGUGGAAGAAAUGAAUAUUUUAACAACAGUCUUCCUCAGAUACGACAUGGAGAAGAUUUACUACCCCAACUCUCUCCUUCUCACAAAGCCGAUUAGCAAUUUCUACAGGAGUCCAGACAUGGCAGACACUGUCGAGUUCACCAUUGAUGUCUCCACGUCUGUUGAGAAUGUAUCUGCUCUUAAGAAGGCCAUACAAGUAUACAUAGAGAGCAAGCCAAAGUAUUGGAGCCCAAAACACUCGGUGAUAGUGAAGGAGAUUGAGAAUGUGAACAAGAUGAAGAUGUCUGUGUGUGUGAUGCACACCAUGAACUAUCAGAACUUUGGUGAAAGGAAUAACCGCAGAUCAGAACUUGUUUUUGAAUUGAAGAAGAUUUUUGAGAACCUUGGAAUCAAGUAUCAUCUACUCCCUCAGGAGGUACAUCUCACUCAAGUCCACAUGGGAAACGGGAGAAUACCACCAAUGCGACCUUUGACCUAGCUGGCCUUGCUGCAGUACACUUAUUUGAAACUGUCAUUCAAGAGGCAUAGCCAGUAAUCUUGAUCUUUUCAAAGGAAUCUUCCAUGUGCUUCCAAAUGGAAUAUCACACAAGAAUUGGCACUUGGACUUUUAUCUUACUAAGAUGUAUACCUUUUGUUUUUCAAUGGUCAAUGAAUGUCAUGAGGCUCCGAAUUUCAUGUAUGCAAAAUUCAGUAUUUCUGCACCAGAAAAGAACAGGGGGACAAAACAAGUUUCUGGAGUUGACUAGCUUUUCCAUGUUAA